GCUCAAUAUGCUCUGGUCCUUAGUGAAUCCCGAUGCUUGGGUAUCUAGGUAGUUAGCACCAUAACCUAUGGCUGACAGCCAUAUCUCUCCUCCAAGCUAUUCAUGGUCCAUAUCAGCCUCUACGAAACCUCCAUUAAGGCAUUAUAAUAAAUAGCAUGGAGUUGGAUAGGACGAUUACCCCCUCGGGGAAAGGUCAUGACCAAUAUCAUGCGCAGGUAACUAGAAGACGGAAAAAUAGGCAGGGGAUCAUCGAGAACCCUUUAGCUUACUUGACCGACGAGGAGCUCCAGCACGAUGUCUAUAUAUUCUGGAUGAAUUGUCUGUCGGCAGUAGAUCAGGAGGAACUGCUCCGAGCAGCUCGCGUGGCCCAGAAUGCUCGCUCAUACGACGAAGUCGCUCGGUCUGAGGACCCCACGGCCGGUUACCAUCUCCCUGUCCAGCUUAGCGAGGAUGAGAAGAAGGCGUUGAUAGCAGAGAAGGAUGCUCUCUUCUCACAACGAAAGAUGUUUACCGUAAUCCUCGCUGUAUCGCUGGCCGCUUUUCUCCAAGGCUUUGUGCAAUCCUCGAUCAACGGAGCUUCGCUGUACGCGGCUGAGUUUGGACUUCCUAACGUGACUUCGACGAAGCCGGAUUCUACCACUUCUGACGGAGAUAGUAGCCCGCAGCUAGACGACUGGAAACUCGGGGCAACUAACGCUUCGCCGUUCUUCUUCGCUGCCCUAUUGGGCUGCUGGUUGUCCCUACCCCUUAACGAUCUCAUCGGCCGGCGGGGCGCCAUAGCCGUUGCUGCCUGCCUCAUAUUUGCUAGUUCCCUAGGUUCUGCAUGGUGUUCUACCUGGCAGGCAUUGCUAUGUGUUCGUAUAGUGAACGGUAUAGGCAUGGGGCUUAAAGCUUGCAGCACACCUAUUCUUGCAGCAGAGACUGCAGUUGGCUUCUGGCGAGGAAGCUUCAUCCUUGCUUGGCAAUUAUGGGUUGCCUUCGGAAUCAUGGUUGGCUUCGCGUUCAACCUUAUUUUCUAUACAGCAAACGAUGCCAAACGAUCGCUUCAGUUGAUCUUGGGCGCGCCCUUUGUUCCAAGUACCUUUCUCAUGAUAGCGCUUUGGUUCUGUCCUGAAAGCCCUCGAUAUUAUAUGCGACAGAGAACUUCUAGUUAUGACCCGCAAAAAGCAUACAAUAUCCUGUUGAGACUCCGAAAAACGAAGUUACAGGCUCUCCGAGAUACUUAUCUGGUCUAUAAGUCAAUCCAGCUUGAAGAAUAUUCGGAUUCUAAUUUAGAGGACUCAACUGACGACGUUCCUCGGGGGUUGGUCACCCGUCUCAAGAGUUAUUUGAUCCAAUACAAAGAGCUGUUCAUACAAAGACGGCUAAGGAAUGCCCUGAUAAGUAGUUCUAUAGUCUCUCUGGCUCAACAAUUAUGCGGGAUGAAUAUCCUAGCGUUCUAUUCAGGUACUCUAUUUAGCGGAUUACUGAAAAAUAGCAACGACGCUUUCAUGCCGAUGGUCUACAGUCUAGGAAUUGGGGCAGUUAACUUUAUUUUCGGUCUGCCGGCAAUCAGAACCAUAGACACGCUCGGUCGCCGCAAGUGGCUUGUGAUGACAUUACCCAUUAUGUGCCUGCUCAUGAUGGCUGCUGCUCUGUCCACAUUGACGGUCGGCCAGAAUGCCAGGGUCGGACUGAUUGCUUUCUUCAUAUUCUUAUUUGCGGCUGUAUACUCGCCAGGGAUGGGUCCAAUUCCAUUCACGCUCGCUUCCGAGAGCUUCCCAUUAUCCCAUCGCGAAGCUGGCUGCGCAUUCGCAAUUACCACCAACCUCCUUUUCGCCGGACUCAUCCAGAUGUUCUUCCCUAGCAACAGCAUCUACGCGCGGCUCCACAACGGCGGCUCCCUCGGCCUGUUCUCGGGGCUCAACCUGCUCGCGUUCGUGCUCGUCUUCCUGUUCGUCGAGGAGACGAAGCGCCGCUCGCUCGAGGACCUCGACCUGGUGUUCGCCGUGCGCAAGCGCGAUUUCGUCCGCCACCAGGUCGCCAGGUACCUGCCCUGGUUCUUCCGCCGCUACGUCCUCGGCCGCGACGAGGAUAAGCCUUCGCUCUACGUCGACUUGAUCUGGAACGGGCCGAGGACGACAACGGCGACACAUGUGGGGUCACCCGAUGGUGAUGGCGACGUGGAGAUGGCGGAGGGACUGAGGAGAAGAAGCGGAAAUGGAGGCGGGGACGGGGACGGGGACGGGGAAAGGGGUAUACCUAUCGUCAGUGGUUGGAAUGGUUUCGCGCCUAGUUCUAACGGGAGUUACGCCGGCGAGGAGAACGUUUCCCCGUCCUUCCUUCGAAGGCCGUCAGCGCUCGUGGUACUACCAGAUUACCUCUCGGCUAGGAGUUCGGAAGAUUCGAAUAAUUCGGCGCAUAGGUGAAAUCGUGACAUCCGAGAUAUGACUAUGUUGUAUUCGUUUAAUUUUCUCUUCGGGAAAGGGGACGUGGAGAGGCGUCUGUUUAAGGAGUCUGUUAUUACCUAGGUACCUCCUAUUUAAAUCUAAGGGAACUUAUCAAAUAAUUUCAAUCAUCGAAUAUUCUAG